AUGGCCACCACCAACACCCUCGGCGCCACGCUCUCCACAUUCCGCCUCCGCUUCGGCCGCAUCAGCCAGAACCAACCCGCGUUGCUCUAUCCAGCCGUGCUGGCGGGCGCGGGUGUAGUCGCGGUCGGCUCGUUCGCGCUCGCCCGCGCUGCGUGGACAGACUACAAGAUCUACCUCGGCUAUGGGCCGGGCGGGAUGCCGUACAACGUCUUCGGCUGGCUGUUGACCAACACCUUGCGCGCGCUGUCCAUCGACAUGUUGGACGUGCGCAAGUUCGACACCGACCCGGAUCAGCGUACCUGGCUGCGCGACGACCGGGGCCCGACGGCACCGCGAGCCGGCCCCCGGCCGACUUUGGGGCCGCAUGGCAUUCCGCAGAGGCAGCUUGAUCAAUUUGCUCCAGAAGAAAUUCAGCAGACCCUACUCGCCGCAUUCGCCUCCCUAGUCGCCCACAAUCCGACGCUGAUUGAGACCAAACCAUCCAAAUACGAACGCCACCACGGCGCCAUCUGGGUGGCCGACACACUUACCGUCCAAACCGCCGACUUGCUCGGCUACCCCUUCUCGCGCGAGACCGCCCACGUCCACUCCACGGCCGACUCGUCGGUGCACGUGAUCCUCUCGCCCAAGGACGCCGCCAAAGUCGUGCGCGCCGGCUGGGGCCAGCUGCAUUCCUUGGCCGGCGUCAGCGUCAGCGUGUUCGGCCGCAAAGUCGUGCCCAAGUCGUAUGUUUUGCUGUAUGCGCCGCGGGACGAGCAUGAAGUCAAGGUGGUGAUGGAUAUCGUCAGGGCCGCCGUGGCUUAUAUGGCGGGGGUGGAGUGGGACGAGGUCAAUCCUGCUUAG